GAUUCGUUUGGAUCUUGGUCCAUGAUGGCCUUUUUAUUGAUUUUGACGAUUGGAUCUCUCUAUGAAUGGAAAAGGGGUGCUUCGGAUCGGGAGUAAUCACUAGUGAUAGGGCAAAAAUCGGGGGUCAGGACAAAGGAAAGAGCGAUGCCUACAUUAAAUCAAUUGAUUCGUCAUGGUAGAGAAGAAAAACGGCGCACGGACCGUACUCGAGCUUUGGAUCAAUGUCCCCAGAAGCAAGGAGUAUGCCUGCGUGUUUCAACGAGAACACCGAAAAAACCUAAUUCAGCUCUACGUAAGAUAGCCAAAGUACGAUUGAGCAAUCGACAUGAUAUAUUUGCUUACAUUCCGGGCGAAGGUCAUAAUUUGCAGGAACAUUCUAUGGUCUUAAUAAGAGGAGGUAGAGUGAAAGAUUUGCCAGGUGUGAAAUCCCAUUGUAUUCGAGGAGUCAAGGAUUUGCUGGGAAUUCCGGAUCGAAGAAGAGGCAGAUCAAAAUAUGGUGCGGAAAAACCCAAAUCGAGAUGAAUGGAAGAUGCCUCUGGAACUUGUUUUUCUCGGUCAGGAGAGGUUUAUCCUUUGCCCCAAUGAUGGCCUUUUUAAUCUUAUUUGUAUUCCGAUCGAAGAAAGAAGGUUUCCAGUCUCAUUCAACCAACUCUCUUUUUGAAGCAGAUAGUUCACAGUGCUCAUUCGAUUCGAUAGAAAAAAGUCACCCUAUGUUUGUUGAAUUAUUUGAAGCUCUUGCCCCGUUUUUGAACGCUGGGCAAGAGGCGCUGCCGCAGGCGCCCGAUUCCCUACCUUUGCCCUCUCAAGGAGAAGGAGCGCUACCGCAGGUGCCCUCUCAAGGAGAAGGAGCGCUACCGCAGGCUCCAAAUCCACUGCCCUCUCAAGAGGCCCUGCGGCAGGCGCCAGCACCGGCUGAAGUUGCCCACCCCGCUCCCAACCAAGAGGAGGUUGCGGCACUCCGAAGGGAGAUUCAUGAUUUAAUAAAAGAAAAACUUCGGAAAGAAUCUGAGAGAGGGGUCGGUCCGCUGUCCACUCUGUUUCCCGAACAGAGGGAACUUAACUCGAGGACCGCCCACUUUAUAAUGGAAACCGACCUGGAGCUCUCCCCGGAGACAAAUGUAGAUACUCUCCGUGAAUGCGCGGAUGAUCUGAGGGAGGAUCCAAAUCUCCUUAUGACGCUCAUGAAACCCUAUUUGCCAGAAAAAAGUGAGUCUGUCUGCAUUCCCCAAGAGCAGCUUUUCAUAGUACCUUAACUCUUUUGUCGUGGCGCUGCUGGAUGCUUCUGAUCAAUAGGAAGA